UGGCAGCAUCGCGAGAACAGAAAGAGGCCCAAACGGGAGUUGGAUUCCAGGGCAGCGGAGCGAUCCCCAUCUGCAGCUGCGGGGCUCUGAACUGGGACGCUGAGCAGUUCCUUGAUCUGGGAAGAGACUCAGUUGGAUUUUAGUGGCUGAGGGCCUGGUGGGUGUCAAAAUGACGGGCCGCGUGUGCCGGAGUUGCGGCGGCACGGACAUAGAACUAGACCCAGGCCGCGGCGAUGCGGUAUGCACGGGAUGUGGUUCCGUGCUGGAGGACAACAUCAUCGUAUCCGAGGUGCAGUUCGUGGAGAAUAGUGGCGGCGGCUCCUCCGCAGUGGGGCAGUUCGUCUCCCUGGACGGUGCAGGCAAAAUUCCAUCAGUAGGAGGAAGCUUCCAUGUAAACCUGGGAAAGGAAUCCAGAGCUCAGACUCUUCAGAAUGGCAAACGUCAGAUUCAUCACUUAGGAAAUCAGUUACAACUAAAUCAACAUUGCCUUGAUACAGCAUUUAACUUCUUCAAGAUGGCUGUGAGCAAGCAUCUUACACGUGGAAGAAAAAUGGCACAUGUCAUUGCUGCAUGUCUUUACUUGGUUUGUCGCACUGAAGGAACACCUCAUAUGUUACUUGACCUCAGUGACCUUCUACAGGUGAAUGUUUAUGUGCUGGGGAAAACAUUUCUUCUUUUGGCCAGAGAACUCUGCAUCAAUGCUCCAGCAAUAGAUCCAUGUCUAUACAUUCCUCGCUUUGCACACAUGCUGGAGUUUGGAGAAAAGAACCAUGAAGUGUCCAUGACAGCCCUGAGACUGCUUCAGAGGAUGAAGAGAGAUUGGAUGCACACAGGGCGCCGGCCCUCAGGCCUCUGUGGAGCAGCACUUCUAGUUGCAGCAAGAAUGCAUGAUUUCCGAAGGACUGUUAAAGAGGUUAUCCGAGUGGUUAAAGUUUGUGAAUCCACAUUAAGGAAGAGGCUAACAGAAUUUGAGGAUACACCUACCAGUCAGCUGACCAUAGAUGAAUUCAUGAAGAUUGAUUUGGAAGGUGAAUGUGAUCCACCUUCUUUCAUAGCUGGGCAAAGAAAGUUAAAGAUAAAGCAGUGUUUUGCUUCUAGUCAUCAACUUCUCCAGUGUGACCUCCCUUCUCUCAUUCCCCUUUCCUUUUUUUCUUAUUCUCCUCCCCUUCUAUUUUCCUUUAAGCUGGAGCAGGCCUUAUCAAAAGAACUUGAGGAUGUGGAAGGUGAAAUAUCGAGCUACCAAGAUGAGAUAGAGAUUGAAUUAGAAAAUAGUAGGCCAAAGGUGAAAGGAGCACUUGCACAUUUCACUAAAGAUGAUUCCAUAGAUGACAAUACUUCCAGCAUAUUUGGAGAAGAGGAGGCAGAAGAUGAAGAACUAGAAGCAGCUGCAAAUCAUUUAAAUAAAGACUUUUAUAAGGAACUUCUUGAUAGAAACAGAUUGAGCAGUGAUGAUGAUUUAAGUUGUGGAAAUGGAACCAUAGAUCCUAUUAAACCACCAGCUUUAGAAACGUUACUUGGUCCUCUGCCUACAGCAGCCAGUUUGGGAAUCACUGAAUCCAUCAGAGAAUGUAUUUCACCACAGAACAGAGAGCCCAAUGAAAAUUCAGGUGAUGGUGAAUUAGAUCUUAAUGGAAUUGAUGACAGUGAAAUUGAUAGGUAUAUUCUCAAUGAAAAUGAAGCACAAAUCAAAGCUGAACUGUGGAUGAAAGAACAUGCUGACUAUGUAAAAGAACAAAAGGAAAAAGAAGCAAGGAUAGCAAAAGAGAAGGAACUUGGCAUUUAUAAGGAACACAAGCCAAAGAAGUCUUCCAAAAAACGGGAGCCAAUUCAGGCCAGCACUGCAGGAGAAGCCAUUGAAAAGAUGUUGGAACAAAAGAAAAUCUCAAGUAAAAUUAAUUACAAUGUACUAAGGGACUUGAACAGCAAAGGAAGUAUGACCCCUAAGAGGGAAAAUGAGCCACCUAAUGAUAGCAGCAGCACCAAGAAGUUGGCACGCAGAAAAUGUCCUUCAAGUAGAACUCUAGCAGAUCCUUUGAACAGCAGCAUGGGAAAAAGAUUGAGACCAUUAGUUUCUACACAACCAGCUAAAAAGAUUUCAACAAGAGAGGUAUCACUUCUCAAUUCACAGACACAGAUUGUAGACCUUGUAAACCCUCCAAAUAUUGUGGUUGAAAGUGGACCAGUACUAUAUAAUCAUGAUGAUGAUAUUGAAGAAGAAGAGAUAGAAGAAGAAGAGGAUCAUUGCAUGAGUGCCCUUCAAUUAAUGGGAGGAAAUGAUUAUGGCUGUGACUUAGAUGAUGAUGAUGGCUACUAGACUUAAGCUUUUAAAGGACUUGUAACCACAUCUGGUUAUUGGAUAUAUCUUUUGAUUGUGCAAAUGGUGAAAGGAGUUUCUGGAUUACCCCAUGUUCAUGAACAGUCUAGACUUUUUAAAAGAUAAUUUUAGUUGCAGUUUGUGUUUAAUCAGUUUAUAUCAACUCAUCAUUCAGAGAAAAAGUUUGGGCUUUGUCAUACUUUAAUUUUUGGAUCAUGUUUUAAGAAAUGUAAGGAAUAUUUCUACUCAGCAAGCAAAGACAGUCUGUGUCUCUCUGAGGUUAGAAGCGUGGGUUUUGCCUUCUUCCUGGCUCCACUUUUGGUAGCCCAGGCCCUGCUGCUGCCACUGUCAAGAAAUUUUACCCAGAGUGUCUGAAAUGUAAAAUAUUUAUCCAGCUGUUUGGACUUAACAAAAAUAUAAUCUUGUUGCUGAAAAUAAAACUUUGUACAUCAA